GAUGCUGAGUGUGUUCCCCAGGUGAGAGCCAGGCAGCGUCAGUCUGUGCAGGGAGUUAUGUCCGAUGAAUGAUCACGCUGCAGAUUCCUGUCUAUGGAGAGGGAUAAAUCCAUUGCUGGAUGAGGAGACCCCCUAUGUGCUCGUGUACACUCCAGCCUGAGAGAGUGAGAAAGUGCCUGGUCCGCUGUGUGCGGGGGACAGAUGUAGGAUGGAGAGGGGGGUUCCAGCCACAAUUGGCUGCUGGGCUCUGACAGGCACUCAGCCCCCUCCUCCUCUUUGCAGCCUGUCUAUGUGUAUGUGAGAAAAUGGGUUUAAAGUGCGUCCGGAUUUGCUGGUGUCUGUAUCACAGUGAUACUGGGAGCCUGUGAGACAGCGAGAGCUACGGGAAUGGCUCAGACAUCCAGGGCUGCUUGUAUGCUGUGUGUAGGGUUCUGCCUGGUCUCCUGUGUCCAUGCCACCACCAGUGAAGUGAAUUUACUAGACACGGCGACAAUUCCUGGGGAUUGGGGUUGGCUGACGUAUCCGCCACAUGGGUGGGACUCCAUCAAUGAAAUGGAUGAGUUCUUCAGUCCUAUACACACAUAUCAAGUCUGCAACGUGAUGACCCCGAGUCAGAGCAAUUGGCUGAGGACAAACUGGGUGCAAAGAGAUGGUGCCCGCCGGGUGUACGCAGAGAUUAAAUUCACCCUGAGGGACUGUAACAGUAUGCCUGGAGUGUUGGGCACAUGUAAGGAGACCUUCAACUUGUACUACAUGGAGAGUGAUCGAGACCUGGCCACCAGCACAAGAGAGAGUCAGUUCAUGAAGAUUGACACCAUUGCUGCAGAUGAGAGUUUUACCAGUGUGGACCUUGGAGUACGGAGACUGAAACUUAAUACAGAGGUCCGGGGUGUUGGCCCUUUGAGUAGACGGGGAUUUUAUUUGGCCUUUCAGGACAUUGGGGCUUGUAUCGCCAUUGUGUCAGUUCGAGUGUAUUAUAAAAAGUGUCCAUCUAUGGUUCGGAACUUAGCUGCUUUCUCUGAAGCAGUGACGGGAGCAGACUCAUCUUCUUUGGUAGAGGUCCGGGGCGAAUGUGUGGGGCACUCAGAAGAGAAGGACACUCCAAAAAUGUACUGCAGCGCAGAAGGAGAAUGGCUUGUACCCAUCGGGAAGUGUGUCUGCAGUGCCGGUUUCGAGGAACGGAUUGAUUCUUGUGUAGGUAAGUGA